UCUCAGCCCUUGAAUGGGGCUGCUUUUCCCACCACUCCUCCCGGUUGGUGCUUCCAGUUCCGCCUCUGAGCUAUCCAUUCAGACCAGUUAGGCAAGAUGCCCCACCCGGUGACAGCAGGGAAGUCCCUGGCAGAACACUGCCAGGCUGAGGGGAGGAGGAGGAGGGUGUCGAGCCUGGGCACUGACCCAGCAGGGUUAGGUGGGGGCAGACCACAUGCCCAGAACAAAGACAUCCCCCCCCCCCCGCCACUCCUCUGUCCCUGAGGCCUGGCUUCCUGGGAACUGAACUGGGAGUGAGCCUGCACUCCCAGCCCUUCCAGCCACCCAAGUGUCUGCAGGUGAUCAGAGAUGACUUUCCCAAAGUCGGUUCCCUGGUGGUGGGAGAGGACCUGUCUGAGGAUGGAUGCCACCAGCGCACAGGGUGCCUUAUCUAAUCUGGCUCUGCACCCCAAAGCUGUGUCCCUGUGUGUGUGCACUGGACACACGUGCACAACUUGGGGUAAAGGUGGCAGGUUCAGCAGGUUCUUGGAGGGUCCUGGGCGCACAGAAGGGGCAGCGGCCUUGUGCCAGUGUGCCCAGGGCAGGUGCAAAGUUCAGCCUAGCAGACCCCAGGCUUACAGGUCGCUGCCCUCCACCAAUCUGGGCCUGCUGCAGAGAGCAGGGCCGCCCCAUGUCUCCAGGAGAGGGGCAUCCGGCUGGCUGCGGGGCGAGGUGGGGCAGCCCACUCCGGAAGAUGCCCCCCCCAACCGCCAAGCCCACCCACUCGCCGGGAUCGUGAGCGCUGUUCCCUGCCCGCAGCGGUCGCGGCAGGGAUGUCACAGAGGCGGCGACAUCACAGACGCCGGCGCCCCCGGCAUCUCCACCGCCCUCCACAGCCCGCCACCAAAGAGCGCACUGGAGGCGGAGGCGUUAGCAGCCACCAGCCCGCUCCCCGCCUCUCAGACAGAGCCUCGGUCAGCAUGGGGGUGACAGGUGGGAGCGGGCGGGCGCGCGGCGAGGCGGGGCCGGGCGCGGAGGGACGGCCGGGGCGGGGCCGGGCGGGAAAAGUUAAAGUGAGGGGCGGGGCGCCGGGGGCGGGGAUUGGCCGGGGCCCCUGCCUGGCGCCUGAAAGGAAGGUCGACCCCAGCCAAAACCCUCACGAUCCCAGCGAGGAUGAGGGGCGGUGCUACCCUGACCACCACACCCACCCAGCGUUGGCCCUGCGCGGGCUCCAGACACCGUCCCCUGAAGCCACCCCACGGAGCCCUGUCACCCACUCUGUCUCCUUCUGUCUUAGGGGUGGCAUAAACCAAAACCAGUUCCAGUCAGUACAAGAGGAAGAUGACAUGGAGCUGGAGAAAGAAUUGCUAGAGCUGGAGUCCCUAGACAAAGAGGUCCCGCGCCUAGACCCAGAACUGGAGCCGGAACGGAAGCCCAAGCCUUUCCCGCAGCCAGAGGUGCGCCCGGUUGUCAUGCUCCAGCCCGAGGCCAAGCUGGACACAGAGCCCAAGAUGAAGGUGGUUAACUUGGAACCCUUCAGUGAAGACCCUGAGCCGCAGGGGUAUAAGACAGAGUCACUCCACCCCUACAUGGAGGGGCUCAUGCAGCAGGACGUCAGCCAAUGGAGUAUGAGGUCAAUCUCCAGCUACCCGAGUACCACAGAGGAGGACCCGCUAUCCACCGACCACCGCUCCAUCUGUGUGCAGACCUCCAAACACUUCUUCUGGGCAGACAAGUUCGUCCAGGCCUCAGAACACAGCCUGCAACAGGCGAUCAGCAUGCAGCCCAUCAAGGAGAGCACAAAAGAGACCGCCUGCCACCCAGACCAGCCGUCGGCCCCCAAGGACACUGUGUGCUCCGAGAAGCAGAGCCAGGCCCCCAGUGCCCAGCCAGCUCUUCCAGACGAAGUCUCCCAGCAGCCUCCAAGCCCCCAGCCGUCCGCCUCCACACAAACCAUCGGCCUGGCAGAGCUGAUCGACUUCGCAUCUUCCCUGGCCAUGGCCUCCUCCAGCAGGAUGGACUUGCCCAAUUUGGGGCAUGUGAUCAAAGCCCCACUCCAGAUGGACAUGACGCUUUCCACAGAGCCCACUGUGGAUCACACUGCCCAGCCCACUGUGGACGAGCCAGAGCAGGAAAACCUCCCUCAGGAUGAUGCGCUGGAGAAGCCACCAGAGGAACCACGAGAAACCAGGGAGCCGCACGAUGCUUCGAAGCAGGAAGACAAGCACUUCCCUCACCCUUACCUUGAUUUCAGCAAGCUAGGGUUCAAGAAGGCCACCAUUGAAGGGGAGGUGAAGUUUCUCCAGCCCCCAAACAUGUCCCCUCAGCCGCAAGGAGCCGGGAAAGAUUCGGGAGGGGGUCCAUUAUUGCUGAAAAUCCAUUUUAAGCUGUCGUCCCCCACUUCCCCAGAGAAGACUAGACAAAACCAGUAA